UCCACCUGGGGAGCUGCGGCUCCUUCACCUGCUGCCUCAUCUGGAGCUGCUGCAGGUUUUUCCACAAUGGAAAAGGGAGGAAAGGGAAACGGGGAGGACCAGGAUGAGUCUCACAAAGAUCCAGGCGAGGAGAAAGGAGGACUUCUGUCUCUGCUUCAAAGUGAAAGCUCAGAGACGGUCCCUGUGCCCAUGGACAGCAACGUCUCACUGCAAAGGCCGCCGCGUUCCCCCGCCGGCAGCAGCCCGCCGUUCACCAGGGAGAAGCUCUUUGCGGCGGCGUCUCAGGGCGACGCCGCCCAGCUUCACGGCCUGCUGGACUUCCUGCAGCUUCACCAGAAACGGCUGACGAGCCCAGAGUUCAAAGAUGAGUCCAAUGGGAAAACGGCGCUCUUGAAAGCUUUUCUCAACCUGAAAGACGGCAGGAACGACGUGAUCCAAGUCCUGAUAGACGUAGCAGAGAAAACGUUGGACUCUGAACGUUUCAUCAACGCGGCUUACACAGAUCCGUCCUACAAAGGUCAGACGGCGUUGCAUGUGGCCAUCGAAAGACGAGCGCUGGUUUACGUCAAGCUGCUGGUCCAGAAAGGAGCCGACGUCCAAGCCAAAACCAACGGGACGUUUUUCCAGCGGGACGCAAAGCUGGGCUUUUAUUUUGACGGUUGUUCUGCAGGCGAGCUGCCGCUGUCGCUGGCCGCCUGCACCAACCAGCCAGAAGUGGUUUCGUUCCUCCUGGAGAACCCGUACCGGACAGCCGACCCGACCGACCGCGACUCGCAGGGAAACACCGUGCUGCAUAUGCUGGUGGAGAUCGCCGACGACUCGGCGGAAAACACAGAAACGGUUUCAGAAAUGUAUGACAAAAUCCUGGUGCAGCAGCACAAGCUGAACAGCAAAGUCCAGCUGGAGUCGAUGGAGAACAACGAAGGUCUGACUCCGCUGAAGUUAGCAGCCAAACUCGGCAAGAUCGGGCUUUUCCGCCACAUGUUGAGUCGAGAGUUCGUGUCGGCGGAGACGCGGCGGCUGUCCAGGCGGCUGACGGAGUGGGUCUACGGACCCGUCCACUCCUCGCUCUACGACAUGAGCUCCAUGGACACAACUGAAAACAACUCGGUGCUGGAGAUCAUCGUCUUCGGGAGCGACAGCCCGAAUCGCCCAGAGAUGCUGCAGAUCGAACCUCUUCGCAGUCUUCUCCAGGACAAAUGGCAGAGAUUCGCCUCCAAGCUGUUCCUCCUCAACUUCUUGUCUUAUUUGACGUACCUGGCCGUCUUCACCUCGGUGGCGUACUACAGGAAAGACGGACAGACAAACUGUUUGUGUUUUCCAUCUCAGCCACCGUUCCCAGUGGAAAACGUCCCAGCUGAUCACCUCCGCUGCCUCGGUGAGAUCAUCAGUGUCCUGGGAGCCGCCAGGUUUCUCUACAAAACUAUAACCAUUUUCAGGAGGAACCCCCCAAACAUCAGGUCUCUGUUUACUGAUGGAUUCACUGAAAUUCUGUUUUUUCUGCAGGCGGCCCUGCUGCUGCUGUGUGCGGUCUUGUACUGCUGCGGGCGGACAGAAUACGUCGGGCCGCUCGUCUUGUCUCUGGCUCUCGCCUGGAUGAAUGUUUUAUAUUUCACACGAGGCUCCAGGCAGCUGGGGAUCUACAACGUCAUGAUGCAGAGAAUGAUCCUCGGCGACCUCCUGCACUUCUUAUGCGUCUACAUCGUCCUGCUGUUUGGGUUUUCUGCCGCCGUCUGCACCCUCAUCGACGACUCGCCCGUUGGACGUCCGGCCGACGGCUCGGUCCCACCGGGUCGCAGCUUCAACGCGGAAACGUUCAGAUGCGAGAAGCCGAGCUACAACGACAUCGGCUUCACCACGCUGGAGCUGUUCAAGUUCACCAUCGGGAUGGGAGACCUGGAGUUCACCCACCACGUCCAGAACAAGACGGUCUUCUACGUCCUGCUCAUCUGCUACAUCGUCCUCACCUACAUCCUGAUGCUCAACAUGCUCAUCGCCCUGAUGGGGAACACGGUGGAGAGAAUCACGGAGCAAAGCCAAACCAUCUGGAACCUGCAGAGAGCGUUCACCAUCCUGGACAUGGAGAGGACUCUGCCGCCGUGGCUGAGGACGAGGCUGCAGGCCGGAGCGUCUGAGACCAUCUGCGUCGGGAACGACCAGGACGACGCGCGGAGAUUCAUCAGAGUGACAGAAAUAAACUGGAAUAAAUGGCGAUCGGAUCUCGGCGUUAAGCUGAAGGAAGAACCUGCAGAUCCGCUGACGGCGCAAACUGAGGAGGAAACUUCCGGGAAUCCGUGGGACAUAAAUGUGCUUCUCCAGAGGAUUCGCUCCAGACGCCGCCGACGGGAAAACAACCACGUCCUCUAACGCAAACUCUCAUUUUAAACACAAUUCUCUAACUUUAUUACAGCCGCAUUUCAUCACAUCUUUAAAAACAUGAAUGCAUUUCCAGAAAUGAUCAGGCUAAUAUCUUAUAAAAUGUAUGUUUCUUCUGUUACCUGUUUAAUUUAACAUUAACCGUGAAAAGUUAAAACACUUAAACUUUUCUACUGAUGACUAAAAUAUGAUUUGAUUUUAUUCAAUCAUGUUUAGAUUUAACAGUAGAAGUCAGAAUAUUUACAUCUAGUGAAAAACGCAUUAAGUUGUUUUGAAGAAUAUAAAGCUUUUCACAAUAAAAGUCAUUAAUUUGUGAAUUUAA